ACACGGAAGUCGUUUGACCUCAACAACAUGUCAGAAGCCCCUGUUUGAAUGUGACAAUAUUUGCCUUGAAAUGGGAACCAUCGUCUUUUAAGUUUACAAGAAUUGCUGUAAUGGAUGCCAAUCUGUUGUACUGGAAGAGCCAUGGGGAGUCUGUAUUUAGCCGUUUAAAGGUGUGGGUGAAUCUUUUGGAUCCAUCCUUUCUGCUCACAUCGAAUGCAGAAAUACAAGAAACCCGCACUCAACUUAGAAGUGAAGAAAAAGUCAAGAAAAAGGAUGAACAUGCAUGGAACAUCUCCCUUUCGUCCAUCCAUCCUGAUUCUGGUUCUGUGCUUCCACUGGUUUUCCGCCCUCCAGCAUUUUUGCCAUUAACUGCUCCUUUGGUGGUUGCUAGCUUUUUGCCACAUAAAAGUAUCAAACCAGCCUUUUUCUGGCAGUUUUUACUACAGAGUUACACUGCCGGGUUCAACUAUGCAAACAGAAAUUCUUCUUCAGAGCAGGGUCAGACAGCAUCUCUGAAGCAGCUUCUCUUGAUAGCAGGGACAGUCUCAUAUGCCACAUGUGCAGGGGCCCUUCCUCAAAUUAUUGUGAACCGACUGGGUACAAGAAGCCUACUCAUUCAAAAUUUCUUCAGGUUUAUCGUACCAGUCCCACUCUCAGCGGCUCUUGCUUUCUCCAACGUGUUUACUGUCAGAGGGGAGGAAUGCGAAACUGGUAUCCAAGUGUUUGAUUCCAAUGGCAAUACUGUCGGCAUAUCUAAGGCAGCCGCAGAAAAGGCCGUGAUGGAAACUGCAUUGUCAAGAGCAGUACUGUUUGGCACAACUGGUGCUGUUCCUAGUCUCCUGGUUUCAGUCUUAAAGAGAACCAGACUUUUCCAGAAGAAUUCUCUGCUGAUCCCUCCUAUCCGUCACAUAAGUGUAGCAUUUGUCCUCGGCCUGAUGAUCCCACUUUCAUUCAGUCUCUUCUCUCAAAUGGGGACGAUAAGGAAAGAAAAUGUUGAGGAAGAGCUCCAGGCCAAGAUGGCCGAAGGACAGUUAUUCUACCACCGAGGACUUUGAGCAACAGUUUAACACAACUGAACCUAUACUAGGCUCGGACCAAACGUAGAAUAAAUAAGAAGCACAUCUUUUUUAACAAUAGAUUUAUUAAUACAGUCAGAAUAAUCUGAGUGUCUAUCACUGCCAAAUACACAUCUGUUCAUAAAAAUAAAUUUAAUCCUCCAAUGUUACAUCAUCAGUUCUAUGCACUGUACUGUGGAAUGAAAUAUUGAGGCGCAAAACCAUUCUUCUCGCAAAUAUAUCCCACAAUGCAACUAUUUAUUAAUAAUUUAAAAAAAAAACAAUAAAACCUGAACAGAGACACUAUCUGUGGCCAUGGAACAAUCUGUUAACUAGAUAAAUUUAAAUUAAACACUUGUUUGAACACAUCUGAAAUGAUUAGCAAAUCAUUUAAAUAGAAAAACGGACUUGGUUUAAAAUGGUUGUCUAAGUAUUCCUAUCACUAUGGCAACCAAGCCACAAAGUUUGUUUUUUUUUCCUCUUCAAGGCGACGUGAAAAAUUGACUGACAAAGAGUGCCAGGCCACGUUUCAGGUGUGACAAUAAACAACCUAGUAAAUCUUG